AGCGCGCGCGGCUCCGUGAGUGUGUCUCCUGCGCGCCGAGAGGCGGGGGGAGGCGGAGGACCGGGAGGCGGAGGAGGAGGAGGGGGAGAAUGCCCGGAGCCGCUGCCGCUGCCGCCGCCGCUGCCGCGAUGCUCCCGGCUCAGGAGGCUGCCAAGCUGUACCACACCAACUAUGUGCGGAACUCGCGGGCCAUCGGCGUGCUGUGGGCCAUCUUCACCAUCUGCUUUGCCAUCGUCAACGUGGUGUGCUUCAUCCAGCCCUACUGGAUCGGUGACGGCGUGGACACCCCGCAAGCCGGCUAUUUCGGGCUCUUCCACUACUGCAUCGGCAACGGCUUCUCCCGGGAGCUGACCUGCAGGGGCAGCUUUACGGACUUCUCCACGUUGCCCUCGGGCGCCUUCAAAGCCGCCUCCUUCUUCAUCGGCCUCUCCAUGAUGCUCAUCAUCGCGUGCAUCGUUUGCUUUACCCUCUUCUUCUUCUGCAACACGGCCACCGUGUACAAGAUAUGUGCCUGGAUGCAGCUCACCUCUGCUGCCUGCCUUGUGCUCGGUUGUAUGAUUUUCCCCGACGGCUGGGAUUCAGAUGAAGUAAAGCGGAUGUGUGGAGAAAAAACAGACAAGUACACUCUUGGGGCUUGUUCGGUCCGCUGGGCAUACAUCCUGGCUAUUAUUGGAAUUUUGGAUGCGCUGAUCCUCUCGUUUCUAGCAUUCGUGCUUGGUAACCGACAAGACAGCUUGAUGGCAGAGGAACUGAAGGCAGAAAACAAAGAUGAUGGAAAUGCUUAAGGCAAACUAAGGUAGUGUGAGACCUCACCAUUUCUGCUAAGCCAAUAUUCUCUAGAAUGAGCACAAAACAAAUCAAAUAACAGCUAAACAAAUCGAAUAACAGCUUUUGUACAUCAACAUCAAGAAGGAAGACGCUUGGGAGAGAUCAGAGUCCAGUGAUGAAUAUGGACAAGAGUGAAACAUCCACUCGUCAAAGCACCUUCUAAAUCUAGAUCUGCAGAGAUGGGAGUGAUUUACUGGAGAGAGAGACGUGAUCAUGGAUUAAACACCAGCUCAUUGGAAACUGUCAUUGAAUAAGAUCAGAUAACAUUCAUGAAAAAUCAUAUUCAGGAAAUAUUUUAAGGAGGAGGAAUAUAAACGUGCUAAAAUUAACAUGUAAAAUACCUAAGUUCUGAGGUUUGUAAACUGUCCUUUUUUAAUCAAACUGAAAACAAAAAGCUUUAAUCUUUCAAUACCGUAAAAAAAGGGCAGUUAGUUCUAGAUUAUUCCUAUCUCAAUAGCCCCGAGGCUGAUCAAGUGUCAUUUAUUGAGGAAGCAUCUUAGGAAAUGCCUCUGACCUUUGGUUCUCCAUCUCUACUUUUCCUUUAUUUCACUGUGUAAUUAGUUACAACCUCUCAGUUACUAAGAGAUUUAACACUUCAAACUUUUUACUGCAUCUGUGUUCAGUUUAAUCUGUCUGUACGAGUUAUUACCAAGAAAGUGUUUCUGACAUAUACUAUUACUCUGUCGAGCUGUAUAUUACAGGAAGAACAACUUUACAUCAUAGUUUCCCAAGCAACAUAGACUUCCCAGUCUUUCAGGAAACAGCAUCAAGGAACUCUGGAAAACAUAGAAAGCUCAUUUUCACCUUAGAUGCUCACAUGUAAUAUAUAGGCUGCUAUCAAAUAAACACUUUUUUCUAAUUCUCCCUAGUAUAUGCAUAGGAAUUUAAUAUACUUUAUAAAUAGAUAUCUAAAAUAUCCAAUUUGUUUUCUAUUUUUUUGCCAUACAUGUCAUCAGAAAUCCAUAUCCUUUAUUUCCCUUACUGACAGGUAUUCAUUUUUUUAAAUUAUUUCAUUAAACCUAUUUCUAAAUGAUAGUAAGUGGUACUAACAAAAUAAAUAAUAAUUUAAUAGCCUUAGAAAUAAAUGACUAUAUACUUACACAGGUCAAAGAAACUUGGUAGGAAUAAGUUACCUUUUUAUUAAUGUCGGCUUCGAAAAUCCUCAAAUUUUCUUUAGUUGGCUGGGAUUUAGAAGUGGUUACAGCUAAGCAGUUGUCUUCAACAAUCUUUUGAUCCCAGGUUUCCCCCAUCAUAACAUAUUGCCCUCAUAACAUAUCUUGCCACUAGCCCACAACAGAGAAAUAUUUAAUAUUGGAAUAGUCAAUUGCCUGAGAAAGAACACAAGCUCAAAUGUACAUGCAGGGUUAUUCAGUGGAAACCAACCCAUGUUCUUUACCUGAGCAGAAAACACAGAAGUAUAGAAUGCCUUCAUUCAUGGGCUCAGAACUAAGAUCCAAUUAGCAUGUAUCACUAGAACAUCAGAACUUAUGUGGAUCAGGAUUGACUUCUCUUACCCUCUUUCUAGGACCACAUUCAUAUUUUAGCCAAAUGUUUCUGGUACUGAUCAUCUUUUCACCACAAAGAGGAUAAUCUCUCAAAUGGCUAAAAGUAUAUUAUAGGAAUGCUGAAGUAGGUAAAACCCCAUUCACAGAGCUGUGGUUUUUCUAAAGAUCCAAAUUAAGGGAAUACUAGUGUCUGUAACUGAAGUAUUAGUCAUUCUGGGGGUUAUUUGUUGCUUUUAGUAUUAGCUGUCCUGUUGCAUUCAGAACAACUUACUAAAUUUAAUUACACACAACUUUUCAAGAAUUCAUCUUUUAUUUAAAGGGAGGUAUCUCUCUACACUAAAAGCAGAAGGUAUUAGCCUUCUCUAAUCUAUGUAAAUUACAAAACUCAUCAGGAGUCAUACAUCACUAAUAGUGGUGUUAACAAAAAUGAAAAAGUACUUCCUAUCCACAUGCAAAUGUUUUUUAAAAAAUCUUUGCCAUAAAACCUAAGUGUAAUUUAGUAUAACACAGUGCUAUGAAGAUGGGUCAUUGAUGAUGUACCAUUUGUACAUAGAUAAUACACAUGUAAAUCACUAAGUGUCAAAUAAGUAUACGAAGUAUGUUUUUAUCUUUUUAAAAGAAAAGUGACUCCCUUUCUCAUUCUGUUCUGUUGUAUUAUGUCCAAAAGUUGUGUGUAAUUUUUUUAAGGUCCAGGAAAUGUAAAGAAAUUUGUUGGAAUAUCUGAAUUUCUGUAAAAAAUAAAAAUAAAAAUAAGAUUUUGUUACUUAAAGGAAAGCCUGGUGAUGUGGUACACAUUUGGUGCAUUCAGUUUCUGUCUUUGCACAGUGUGACCUGAUGGUUUGAUUCACAUAACUAUCUUCAGAAAAUCUCCUUGUUGUUACAUUCCAUAAUAUUUGCCAACAACAGACAUUUAAUUUAUUAGUGAGGCAGGACCCUCAUGUAGAGGGCAUGCCCAACAUUUCCAAAGUCGCUUGUAGCCAAAUAUAGACAUGCCUCCAGCCAAUUCUUAAUACACUCAGUGGAAUGAAAUUGAAAACUAAGUAAAUAGCUGGACUGCUCAAGCAAAACUUGACCUGAAAUAUCCAAUUGCUCAAUCUCUAUGCCACAAAUUGAAAACAACCACUUGUUCCUCAGACAUGAGCAACCCUUUUGCAAUAAUUCAUACUGGGUAUAUGUUGUCCAGAUGAAUUUCAGUCCCAGAUGCUUUGUUUACUGUAACUCUAAACCUCAACAUCUUCGUCUGUAAAAUGAAUAUAAGUAAUAGUACCCAGCAACACCACAUUAUUGUGCUUGACAAGUAGGAGAUAGUCAAUGAAGGUUAAUUCCUAAUCCCUUUCGUACCUAUAAAUGACAUUGAAGGAAGAAACAAAGCCUCUUCUCUCAAAAUGCUGAAGAUAAUCACAGAGACAUUUAUGAAUAGGGAUUGAAAACUCAAAUGCAUACAGAGACCAGGUAGAUAAGUAAAUUAACAAAGCCAGCUGGACUGAGAUAAUAGGAAGGAGUAGAUUCAUGGAGCACUGAAGAACCUAGGUCCUUAGCUAAAGGGAUCAUAUAACCAACACUAAGUUCUAAUCAUUUAACAAAUAUGUACUGAUCCCUACUAUGAACAGCCAAGAGUUGCUGUUUAUACCAUGAGAGGAUAAUGAUGCACAGAUUCAGUCCCUGCUCUAGAUGCUUUUAUAUUGUGGUAGGAAAUUCAGACAACAAACGGGCUAAAAUGUCAGCUAAAAGUAGGUCCCUAGAGAGAAGUAUAAAGUUAUAAAGAAAUGGGGAGGCUGGACAAAGAAGGCCUCUCUGAGAAGGUAGCAUUUAAAGUGAAAUCCCAAUGAUAAGAAGGAGUCAGUCAUGUGGGAAAAAUAAUAGUGGGAAAAGGUA